AAGAGAGCGAGUUUCAAUUCUUAUUUUUUUUUAGUAGGGAUAAGAGAUCGUAACCUCUGUAAACAUAUCGUAUAAUUUAUUUGUCAGGAAGUAUAUAAGUAUAGUGACAAAUACCAACAUAAAACAAGUAGAAAACUUCAAGAUGGCUGAACAUAAAGACUUGGAUUUUAAUCGAAGUGCUUUAACAAUUCGCUCAGACAAAGUUGUUUGCUAUACCGGUCAACGAGCUGAAAAAAUUCCAUGUGGUUUAUUCGGAAUUGUAGGAUGUAAUUGUGUGGGAUUGGAUUUAUCAUUCAAUGAAUUGAAAUCAGUUUCGUCUGUCAAGAAUUUUACACAAUUAGAAGAAUUAAUUCUGGAUAAUAAUGAUCUCAAGGACUUAAAAUCACUUCCAAUAAUGCCUCACCUUUCAACACUGAGUCUCAACAAUAAUAAGUUUACAGAUAUUUAUAGUGUUUUGCAAAAAAUACGGGACUGUUGUCCAAAAAUUGGAUACGUUAGCUUACUUGGAAAUCCAGGUUGUCCUGAUCAAUUGACGGAUCCAACAUUAAAUGACGAAGACGAUUAUGAACGUUAUCGAUUAUAUGCAAUCUACACAUUGCCACAAACUCUUCGAUUUUUGGAUUCACGGCCCGUGUCUUUUCAGGAGCGUAAUGAAGCUCAAAAUCGGGGACAGUAUUUGAAGACCGUCAAAGUUCCAGAGCGAUCAAGCUCGCCAAAUUGUUUUGACACACUGACAGUCGGCGAAUUUGAUGAAGCUAUUUUUAAUGUUAAUUACACUCCCUUGCCACGAACAACACGUGGUCCAUACGAUCACAAAGGAGCUUAUGGAAAAUGCAGGUAUCGCUACUCCGGCAAAAAUUCCGAAGGUAAUCGAUUUAUUUCCAACAAUGAUUUGUGAAUCAUUAAAAUGAAAUUCUUUCCUUUUUUGCUUAUUAAUCUCAAUUAGCAAGUAUUUACAUUCAAAGCAUAAUUUCACUUGCAUUUCAAAUAGAAAACAAUCAAUAUUAUUUUUUAAUAUAUUCCUAACAAUUAAGUAGAUUUACCAAAAAUGAUUUCUAUUAAAAAUAGAUUUCUAUUUGCAAUAUCUAGAAAAUAAUCGAUUUAUUAACAGAUUUUUUAUUAAUUAAUAAUAUUUUUUCUUAUAUUUUUGU